AUGACCGCGGCCCAUUUGAAUUCCCUGAUAACGCCACCGCAACCCGCGGGAUCGGCGGCCGUGGCCAGAGCCGGGAACAGGGGUACGAACGGUGUACUCGGGGCACUCAGCCUGCACGCUCACAUGCAGAGCCACGGCGGCGGCGGCGGCGGUCACCACCAGUCGCCCUCGCUGCACCAACACAUCCAGAAUUCCACGGCCGCGGCGUUGCACCACAUACACUCGGUCCACCAUCAGUCGCAUCAACACCAUCAUCACAUACAGGGCGGCGGCCACUUGCAUCACGGCCACGGCGCCGUGCCGCAUCCCGGCCAUCUGAACGGCGGUGCCGGGAUCGGCGCGCCCACGUCCCGCGGCAAACCCAGGAGGGGCAUGAUGCGCCGCGCGGUGUUCUCGGAUCAGCAGCGCAAAGGCCUGGAACGGCGGUUUCAGCUGCAGAAGUACAUCAGCAAACCCGACAGGAAAAGACUGGCCGACAAGCUGGCGCUCAAGGACUCGCAGGUGAAGAUAUGGUUCCAGAACCGGAGGAUGAAGUGGAGGAACACCAAGGAGCGGGAACUGCUCGCGGCCGGCACGGGUUCGCGCCAGCAAACGUUGCCCACCCGGCAAAAUCCCAACCCGGACCUGAGCGACGUCAACACUACGAUUCCCAGUGGCGGCACUACCAACAACAACAACAACAACAACAACCAAUCCGGUGGCGCGGCCAACAAGGGUACCAACAACGCCAACCAGAGUGCCAGUGGGACGCUAGUCAAAGACGGCUGCAGCAAUGCCGCAAAGUCUCCGGCGCAGAUAAAUUUGCAAAUCAAUAGUAACGACCAACCGAGGUCACAGACGACGGCUCAGCCGCAACACACGGUGCCAUCGCAGAUUAGAUAA